AUGCUCCCCAGCACCCGCGGCGUCCUCACCCUCGGCUGUCGCCGCCGCGCAGCGAGUGCCGCCCCGCGCUGCAGGCACUUCUCGACCGACCAAGUCAUCAAGGAGCACGACGUCCUCUUCCUGCGCCAGCAAGGCGCCAAGUACCCGAAAUGGCACCUCACCGCGCCGCUGCGGCCCGACUCGCGCGUCAAGCUCUCCUACGGCGCGUCGCUGGCGGGCGAGGAGCUCAUCGGGCGCAAGAUGCUCGACGUGGUGCGCGACAGCGGCGGCCACAACGUCGUCCUGCACGAGGCCACGCUGGCGAGCUACAUCAUCAACUCGGAGCGCAUGGCCACGCCGAUAUAUCCCCAUGAUGCGAAUACCAUUGUCUCACUGCUUGAUCUGAACCCGUCGCGCCCGGGCGAGGACCCCGACGACGACGCGGCGCCUCCGUUUGAGAUCUUCGAGGCCGGCACGGGCAUGGGGAGCCUCACGCUGCACCUCGCCCGCGCGAUCCACGCGGCCAACGCCCCCGUCCCGCCGCCCCUGCGCCGCGCGCUCUGCGAGGCCAAGCUCAGAUCCCGCCAAGACCCGUCCACCUCGCGGGUCGACCUCUCCCCGGACCAGCAGGCGGCCCUCGACGAAUACGCCGCAACCCGCCGCGCCGUCAUCCACACCCUCGACCGCAACCCGAAACACCUCCACGCGGCUUACAAGCUGGUGCGCAACUUCCGCCGCGCCCAGUACCUCGCCUCGAUCGACUUCCACCUCGGCUCGGUGGAGGAAUACCUCUCAGGGCGCCUGGCACAAUCCGACGGGCAGCCCUUCCUAUCGCGCGCCAUCUUGGACCUCCCCUCUGCGCACGAGAACGCAGAGCAGGUCAUCCGCGCGCUGUGCCCAAACGGGCUCUUGGUCUUGUUCAAGCCGUCAAUCAGUCAAGUCGCCGACUUCCAGGCGUGGGCGCUGCGGACGCACCAGCCCCUGCGCCUGGAAAAGGUGCUGGAACUGCCCAUCGCGACGACGACAGAUGGCGUCCACGACGCUGCCGGUGGCAGGCAGUGGGACGUCAAGACGGUGGUGCCCAAGGAGCACCAGGGCGACGAGAGCAAGCGGGUGCAGAUCAUGCGGCCCAAGGUGGGCGACAGGAUAGCCGGCGGCGGCUUCGUCGCCGUGUUUCGACGCUGGCCGGGUGGCGACGCGCCGGUCCACCAAGACGCAGAGACGGAGACGCAAGAGUCGGAGUAG